UUCAAAUCCAACAACCUAAUUAAGAGUCUAAGAAACAUUCAUUUGUAUAACGUAACCUAGCUUGCAGGCUGAUCGCACAGAAGCUAAGCUAGCUAUUUAGCUAAGAUAUUGGUAAUAGAUCACAGUUAUGGCGUCAUUCGGAUUGCUUCUUUUGUUUGCGGCGGCCGCCAUUGCUGCAGUAGUUAGGGCGCAGUACGGGCCCUCCCCUGAUGACGACGUAUUGCAGGCGCUGAAAAGUAGCCUGACCUUCAAGCCCGAAACGUCGUCUGACUUGUCUGACGCCCAUCCGUGCAACUGGAUAUCUAUUCUGGAGUGCGAUGUAGUUGAUGAUCUGGGGCCUCCCCGGGUUACAGUUCUCCGCUUUUAUGAGAAGGUUACUAGCGGGAGCCUGCCAGCCAAUCUUGAAAACCUGACCAAAUUGGACGAAUUCUCUGCGUCCUCCAACAACCUCGUCGGGGCAAUUCCCAACUUUGCUGACUCGGUCGGGUAUCUCUCGUUGGAGGAUAACCAGUUCACUUCAAUCUCGCCAAGUCUGUUCCACUACAAGCCCAACCUCACAUCCGUUAACCUAUCCAACAACGCUCAUCUUCCCAUGUGGGAGAUCCCUCAGGGUCUCAAGAACUCUUUAAACCUCGAGCAAUUCUAUGCCGCUAAUUGCAAACUUUUCGGAGAACUACCCGACUUAUCCAACCUCCGAUCCUUGCGGGAUCUGGAUGUUUCUCAUAAUCAGCUUACUGGCGUUAUCCCUCUGUCCCUUGCAAGUUUGCCCAAGCUUACAAUACUGGAUGUUUCUUAUAAUCAGCUUAGCGGCGUUAUCCCUCCAUCCCUAGCAAGUUUGCCCAAGCUUACAAUAGUGGAUGUUUCUCAUAAUCAGCUUAGCGGCGUUAUCCCUCCAUCCCUAGCAAGUUUGCCCAAGCUUAUAAUAGUGGAUGUUUCUUAUAAUCAGCUUACUGGCGUUAUCCCUCCAUCCCUUGCAGACUUGCCCUACCUUGAAACAGUGGAUGUUUCCAACAAUCAGCUUAGUGGUGUUAUCCCUCAAACCCUUGCACAUCUGCCCUACCUUACUAAAGUGGAUCUUUCUAAUAAUAAUCUCACUGGCACUGUCCCCAAAUUUGGACCUAAUGUGACGGUUAUUACAUGUGGGAAUUCCCACUUAUCAAACGGAAGAGGGGCGCCAUGCCGCCAUGUUAGGUAUGAGCAGAGGAUGGUAAGCUAAGGAAGAUGGAUCCGGAGCCUCUACCUUACUUUAAAGUAAGGUAGGGUGCCUUGCUUCUUCCGGGUCGUCCGAUCAACAAUUCAACGGUCGGAGAUCUUGGGCUCCACUUUUUCGCUAAUCUCGAGGCCUGCUUUGCUACUGCCCGACCGUCCGAUGCGCAAGGCACCGUCCUAGUCGGGCAGAGGAUCCCAAUCCAAGGAAGAUCGGUUGUGUUUGUCCUAAAGGUUUCUACUUACCUUCCUGAUCAGGGAUAUUUUUUUUAAAAGAAGAUCAGGGUUAUUAUUUAUCAGUUUUAUAUAUGUUCCAUCUUAUGUGUUGUUUUUACCUACUUAUUUAUGUUUUAAAUCAAGAUGAUGUAUGUAUCAUGUCAAAGUAUAUUAACGAGCUAUAUAUAAUUGUGCUUUUAAAAUUAUAUCAGUUUCCUUUUUGGGAAAAAUAAUUAAAAUACCCCAAACUUUGAAAAAGUGUGAGAUAAACACCCCAAACUUUC